UGGAUGGUGAAACAUGCUGUGAACCGCUGGGAAAGACCCGAAGGGAGAACGGCAAGAAACGCAUACACAAACUUGUUUUAAGAGAAGGUUCUUUGGCGAUUUGUAGAUUCUUCAAUCCCGAGUAUAUCCACCAACGAUGUCUGACCAUAUAUAUAUAAUGACAAAGGCAUUCUAUAAUCCUUAUAAUCUCUAGUGUAGACGGUUAAAUACAACUAAAGCUCUCACAUCACUAUCUUCUUCGUGUAGACGAUUAAUACUACUAGAGCACUCGCAUCACUAUCUUCUUCGUGUAGACGAUUAAUACUAGUAUAGCUCUCAAAUCACUACCGUCUUGGUGUUUGUGGCGAUUAAAUCAUAGAGCGCCAGCCUGCCCGUGCCAAUCUCACAUAUAUACCAGACUUUAACGAAACCAAAACCAUGGGUUGCAGGCGACACUUGCAGCUGUUUAUAGCUGCUAUACUGUUUAUCAGUUUAGGCGUCAGGGGUGCAGUUGUGAGCGGUAUCAAUCAAACACCUGUUGAUGGAUACUACGGUAACACCUGGAUUAAAGACUUUUGGCAAACGCAUCCAAACAUUUGGUGGCGCUGCCAACAGCCGGGGACGGUGGCUCUCACUUUCGACGACGGGCCCGGGUCGGUAUAUGAGGAGGGUGUGCGAGCGAGAACAGAGAAGAUAUUGGAUGUCCUGAAGCUGUUUGAUAUUCCGGCCACGUUCUUCGUUCAAGGUAAAGUUUUGUCCAAUACUACGGAAAAGCUCGGAUUACUGACACGCAUGGUUGAGGAAGGACACCAAAUCAGUCAUCACAUGUAUGAUCACACUGACAUCCGUGAAAUGAACGAUACCGCGGUCGCAUCGGAGCUUGAGGACAUCAAUGAAUUUUUUCGCGAGCAUUUUAAGUAUGGGGAUGUGCUGCGUAGUUCCACAAAUCCGAGUACUCGGUACGUGCGACCCCCAUACCUGGGCAUGGAUGAGCAGAAAGCAACUCUCUUACAGACUCUGGGAUACAAAGUCGUGCAGAUAUCAGCCUCCGGCCAGGAUUCUUCUUUUGCCGCGAAUGCAACAGACUCUUUGCGCUUCUAUGUCUGCGAAGAAGGGCAAUUUGCUAAUUUAACCUGCCCAUUCGAAGAGGAUGGCAACAAGCUGAAAGCUCCUUUCAAUGAACAUGAUGGGUACUCUGCAACAACAGACUCUUGGAUUACUCUUCAUCACGAUCUGUUUGCUAUUGUCCCUACACACGAAACGCUCAUGGACUAUAUUCCCAUCGCCGCCGCUCAGGGCUAUAAA